CGUCGCAUUGCCAGUAGGUCAGUGUCGCUCUCCAGUUUCGUUGUUUUUAGCUUUACAGACGCGAUUUUCUUUAGAUUCUUACUAAGAGUGCGAAAGUUUUCAUUUUAAUUUACAAUUUACUUUAACCAUUAUUGUUGUCAAGUCAAGCGUUAUUUGUCAUAACAGAGUGAAAUCAAAAUGUUUUUCUUUGUAAUUAGUUAAAGUGGGUGAAUGAAAAUACGCUAUGCAUAAUGCGUAUAGUUUUGUAUAUAAUAUUAUAUUAUAUGGAUGUCUAUGAAUGUUCAUACACACAGAAUUUGAAUAAGUAAUUCCAUACUUACAACGUGUAACAUUGCCAUAAGCGUUGAUAACAUUAACUAGAAAACUUGAUAUUCUCCAUGUACAUUAAAUAUAAUUUGAAUUGAUUAUUUUAUGCCACUCCGUUAAUAAUAAUAAUAGUUACACAUACAAUAUGGUCGAUCCGCAAAUUACCAAAAAUCAACCGAAUAGAGAAGAAAAACUGAAAAAUUUUAUGGGUAAAACUCCAGCUCUCUUAAAGUCGAAAUUUCUUUCAGUACUGGACAGCAGCAAUGAGCUGUUGAAUGACAUAUCGAAUCGGUUGGAAUUUUCCUUAAGUUUGAGUACUUCCUCGGACAAUGAAACACUCGAUGACGACACAACUACAAAUAAAUAUGAAGAUGACGAAUCAUGGGAUGAAAAUAUCAUCGAUUUCGAAUCGAGAAAAGUUAAAGAAAGACGUGCAUACGAAGAAGUCUUGUCCGGCAAAUAUCGCCAACCAAAUCUUAUAGCAAAAAUGGCAUCUGAAGGAUACAACAUUGUUGAUAUAAAUACGAGAUCUUCAAGUGGUAGUUGCAGUGGUGAUACUAACUUCAGUGAAACAAGUACACCGAACAUUGAUGAGGGCAAUGCCAGCACAUGUAAUACCCAUGGUUCAAUCGUCAUGAGUGACAAACUGGACAACUUUGACGACAUUGUUGAAGAAAAAGUACCAACGCACAAACUAACGAAACCAAAUGAUGAAAAUGUUACCAGUCCAUCGACUAGCAAAUGUGAUCCUGUACGAAGUAGCUUCGAGUCAUCAGACUUGAACAUGUGGCUGCAUUCUGAAUCGGAGAACUCAGUUCCAUCAUGGGCAUCGUCCAUAAGUCUUGACAGCCAAACUGAAGAAGCGAUCGUGGAGUUUAUGAGAAAAUUUGUUUCUGCAUUAUUUGAGGACAGCACAACGAUUUCACUAGAUAGUAAAUCCGAGUUUGGACUCAAGUCUAGGACUGAAACCGGUCGAAUGUGGUUCGCUAGGUUGGUAAGCGCACAACGUGGAAAAUCUAAGCGUGUGAACGAAUCGACAUUUUAUUCAUUGAUUCAAUACUUUGCAAUUGUUCUCUUCGAGUGCGGCGACAGUGAAGACUACUCACCGGCUAAAAUACUUAUGAACAUGUGCUUUACCUUUUAUCACGAGAUUGAUGUACCUGGUUGUGCACCGUAUCACGAGUACUUGUAUCAUUAUUUGCGUGCUCAGCCAAUUUGGCAAUCGCUUCGAUUUUGGAAUGCAGCCUUUUUCGAUGCCUUACAGUGCCAACGAGUUCAUCGGCCAGUUGUACCUACAUCGAAUCGAAUAUCUAAAGAUCAGGUUUCUAUAAAAUCCGCAUCAUCCGAAUCGUCAAAUGCGAAUGAUAAUGAAACGGAAGAUUACCACAUCGACGAGCUGAAGGAAGAUCAGCAGUUUCAACAGAACAUUUGCUUCGGACAAUUAGGAACGUUUACCUGUAAUAUGCACGCAUUUGGAUUGAGCCACGAACUAUGUAUGGAAUUUUUGAGGAAACAGUCGGUUAUUGCUAAUUUGAGCCCAGAACAAGAGAAAAUGCUUCGCGACAAUGUGAAUCGGAUGUACAAAGAAACAGCGAAAUGGCGAGCCUAGAAUUGUCGUCUUGCUUUGAGGCAUUUCAAGAUAGCGAAUAAAUUUUCGGUCGAAUCACAAUAUGACAAUAUCAAUUUGGUUUACAUAAAAUACCGCUUUUCGGCUUUCAAGCAAUACAAAGCUCAACAUUGAAAAUGAAAAGCUAACUAACUAUUGACGACCGCGAAUUUGAAAAUCGAUAAAUUGCUUAUAAUUUUCUUGCGAUAUUUCUUUAUGGAGGUUUAAUGUCAUUUCAAACCUUUUCAUCAUUUUUAUGGCUUUUUUUACGUUGAUUUCUGAUUUUUUUAAACAUUGAUGGGGUGUCAAGGAUUGAAGAGGGAUUGCCAUGAACAUUUAAUAAUGCGACACCGUGGCCUUAAAAGAUGAUCAAGUUUAAAAUCGAUUUAACAUUUUCUGUGAUAUGAUUUUAACUUUUUAGUACAGUCAA